AUGACUCCGCCAACACAAUUCACUGCCAGUGUGAGUCUCACACAGAAACCACAUUCCAUGGCAAACGAAAACCCUUCUUCAAUUCCAAUCUCAAACCCUGAAACAACCCAAACCGUUCCAACCACAGGUUUCUCAGCCAAAGUGAUCGUGCAAAAGGUGAAAACCAACUUGGUUUUGCGUUCAAAAUGGGCUGAAAUUAAUGGUGCCAUGGGUGACCUUGGCACCUACAUACCAAUAGUUCUGUCUCUAACACUUUCUAGGAACCUCAACCUUGGCACCACCUUGAUCUUCACAGGUAUCUACAACAUUCUCACUGGUGCAAUUUAUGGGGUUCCCAUGCCUGUCCAGCCCAUGAAGUCCAUCGCCGCCGAGGCCUUAUCGGAUGUCACCUUCGGCGUGCCGGAGAUCAUGGCUUCCGGCAUCUUAACCGGCGGCGUGUUGCUGGUUCUAGGUGUGACUAGGUUGAUGCAGCUUGUGUACACAAUGAUUCCUCUAUCUGUUGUGAGGGGAAUUCAACUAGCACAGGGUUUGUCCUUUGCUUUCACAGCUGUUAAGUACAUGAGAAAAAUCCAAGACUUGAAAAAAUCUAAGGCUUUGGGUGAUAGGCAUUGGCUAGGGUUAGAUGGGUUGGUUCUGGCCAUAGUUUGUUUGUGUUUUAUUGUUAUUGUGAGUGGUGUUGAUCAAGGGUGUGAAAGUACUCAUGGUGGAGAUAAUUUGGGUUGCGAAAAGAGGGUUGAGGGUGGAAGAAACAGGAGAAGUAGAGUGAGAAGGGUUAUCUUCUCACUUCCUUCUGCUUUCAUAGUGUUUGUGUUGGGUGUUGUUUUGGCCUUUGCAAAGAGGCCUGAGGUGGUGCAUGAAAUAAAGUUUGGACCUUCGGCCAUGGAAGUGGUGAAGUUCUCUAAGCAUGCAUGGAAGAAAGGUUUUGUGAAGGGUACAAUUCCUCAACUUCCAUUGUCAAUCUUGAACUCUGUGAUAGCUGUUUGCAAAUUGUCAAAGGAUUUGUUUCCAGAAAAGGACUUUUCUGCCACUUCCCUUUCAAUGAGUGUGGGGCUGAUGAAUUUGGUUGGCAGUUGGUUUGGUGCCAUGCCAUGCUGCCAUGGGGCUGGAGGACUUGCAGGGCAGUAUAAAUUUGGUGGAAGGAGUGGGGGUUGUGUGGCACUUAUUGGUGCUGCCAAGUUGUUAUUGGGAUUGGUGUUAGGAAGUUCUUUGGCACACAUUUUAAGGCAGUUUCCAGUGGGGAUCUUGGGGGUGUUGCUGCUCUUUGCUGGCAUUGAAUUAGCCACCUGCUGUAGGGACAUUAACAGCAAAGAAGAUUCAUUUGUGAUGCUUGUUUGCACUGCAUUUUCUCUGGUGGGAUCAAGUGCAGCUCUUGGUUUUUUGUGUGGAAUGGUUGUUUAUGUGCUUCUUAGGCUAAGGAAUUGGACUAGUGAUAAAAUAUUUUGUAACAUAUGGGUGAAUAAAAGCACCCAACAACUCUGA